AUGAUGGGCGAGGAAGGGUUGCUUGUGCCCCUAAGACAGGUCGAGCCACUAGCUCCAGAUGUUUCGGAUGAAGUCUCCGCAGAGCUCGUGCAGUUCUUCACUUCUGGAGAGCCAGCGCAGCACAUCACCGAUCUCCUGGCACGUCAUGAGAAGGGGCCUUCGCGGUGUGCUAAAGCCGAGCUGGUCGUGGAAGCUUUGGAUCUCUUCGAACAAGUUCCUGGAUCCUAUCGUCUUCUCAGGAGGGGGUUCGCCAACUUGGUGAGCGCUCUGAACGGCGCCUUGGCGGAGGCUGGAAAAGCCCUGGCUGCCGAGAAUCCCUCAAACCCGGCCUUAACACUCCGCUCGCGUCUGGUGCAUGUGCCGGGACGCGAGUUUGCCAGGCAAUCCGUGUCCCAACUGCGGGUGGCGGAUGAAGGGCAGCUGGUGCGAAUCCUGGGCACCGUGACGCGGGCUGGUCCUGUGAAGGUGGUCCAAGAAUGGCGAAACUUCCGCUGUGAGCAAUGUGGCCAUAGCUUUGGCUGCCGUGCUUCUCCAGCCUGCGGCUAUGAUUUCGAGAUUCCGAAAGAAUGUCCCGGCGCACAGAAGAAGACGAAGUGGGAUGCCAAAGCAAAGCGCCCCAAAACUUCGCGCUGUCAUUCGAAGCUAUUUGCAGCUCUUCCGGCGAGUGAAGACUGCAUGUCUGAUUUUCAAGAGAUUCGUGUCCAAGAUGACAUGCAAGCCCUUGAUGUCGGAGUUGUCCCUCAGUCCUGCGCCGUGACAGUCUUUGGAGACAUGGUUGGAGUCGCCCAACCUGGGGACUCUGUGACUGUGGAAGGCAUCGUGUACCAGCGCUGGCGUCCAACUUUCCCAGGCAAGAGAAUUGAGGUGGAACUCUUCAUUGAGGCGGUGAAUGUGGAGCGCCUGGCUCGGGACUCAUCCGAAGGCAUCGUGACCAGCAAGAGCCACGAGACACAGGAAGUGUUCCACCGCUACUGGACAGACACACCGGAUGAGUGGUGUGGCCGCGCAGCUCUGGUUGCUGCCGCAGCGCCGUGGCUGUCGGGAUUGCCUGUCCCAAAGUUGGCGCUAUUGUUGACUCUCAUCGGGGGAGCGGCGACUCGGACAGCAGCUGACUUGUACUUUUCUCUCCUCUCCUUUUCUCUGCUGUCCUAA